ACGGGACAAAUUUUUUUAAAAUUUUUGGUUGAACUGUGGGUUGGGUGGUUGCCAAACCAUAAACCCAACAAAACCCUGAAAGAAAGACGAAGGCCUCUAUUUCUUCGCCGCUCCAAUUCCAUAACCACUGUUAUACUGCCGCAGCAUGAAGUUCGCGGUGAAGGCAUGGAGCAAUGGAGGAGCACGGGCAGGCAUCCUCCAUCUGGGCACCUCCACCAUCGACACCCCUUCGCUUCUCCUUUCCACCCGUAAAGGCUUGCCCCACUUUAUCUCCCCUGACCUUCUCUCUUGUCUCCCUUCCCCUGAGUCCCGUCUCCUCCAUGUCAGCCCCCUUCACUUCUUGGAAGGCCUUUCCAUGAAAACUAUCUCCAAGAUUGGAGGGCUUCACCAACUACUUGGUUUGCAUGACCAUUGCUUCGUUGCUGUUCCAAGGGAUUCCAUUCAAUGCCUUCCCGAAGCUAAUUCCACUAACAAAAUCGGGGCCUCUUUCGAGACCCCUUGUGGUCGUCUUCUGAUUAAACCCGUUGAAUAUAUGGAAAUGAUAUCUUCCACGAGACCUGAGUUGUGGGCUACUCUGGCUGACGAAGUGCCUGCUUGGGUGUCUGAUAAAAGGAACAAAACCUCAGUGGACCGGACUAUCAAAUGGCUCGAUGAAUGCAUUUCAUUAAGCCCUGCAAGUGGAGCUGUUUUUGGAGCUAUUGUUGGAGGUUCUAGUUUGGAAGAAAGGCGAAGAUGUGCCCAAGAGGUAGCAACAAGAAACGUAUCUGGUUAUUGGGUUGGAGGGUUAGGGCUUGGGGAAAGCAUGGAUGAACGCCCAGCUCUGCUUAAUGCUGUCAUUGAAGCCUUGCCAGAGGAAAAGCCGCGGUUGAUAUGCGGGCUUGGACUGCCAGAGGAAAUAUUGCAGGGCAUUGCUGCAGGUGUUGAUCUCUUCGAGUCGACGUACAUUUACCAUCUUACUCUUGGAGGCUUUGCACUCACCUUUCCACUAGAUAGAACACAGAUAAAUGCAUCGAAUCUUGUCCCAAGUGAUGUAGGAAGCGACCCCAGAAAAAUUAAUCUGAGAGCCACAGUGUUCCGGAAAGACACAACGCCCAUUGUUGAAGGCUGUACGUGUUAUACAUGUCGAAAUCAUACCCGAGCCUACAUUAAUCAUCUACUCAAUGUCCAUGAAAUGUUGGCACAGAUUUUGUUGGAAAUACAUAACACCCACCAUUUUCUAGGGUUUUUCCGGUUGAUAAGGGAUGCCAUUAAUGCAGGCCAAUUUGAAGAAUUUCGUAGGGAAUUUGUUCAAAGAUGGCGCUGAAUUUCUUAGAUGAUACUUGUUUGAUUAAUUAAGAAGUUAUUCCUGGGAUCAUUUGUAAACCGUAUAAGAUUACUUGUUUCUGAAGAAAUACCACAAAUAUAUUUGCAUAUUUUCUUGCAA